GUGCGCAGCCGCGCGGCAUUCUGGGGCCGGAAGUGGGGCGCACGCUGCGGGCUGGUGUCAUGGCAGCUGCGCGGAGCCGCAAGAGGCGCCUGGCGGAGCUGACGGUGGACGAGUUCCUAGCUUCGGGCUUUGACUCCGAGUCCGAAUCUGAGUCCGAAAACUCCCCAGAAGCGGAGACGCGGGAGGCACGCGAGGCUGCCCGGAGUCCGGAUGAGCCGGGCGGGAGCCCCUCGGCCAGCCGGCGUAAAGGCCGUGCCUCUGAGCACAAAGACCAGCUCUCUCGGCUGAAGGACAGAGACCCCGAGUUCUACAAGUUCCUGCAGGAGAAUGACCAGAGCCUGCUAAACUUCAGCGACUCGGACAGCUCUGAGGAGGAAGAGGAGCCGUUCCACUCCCUGCCAGAUGUGCUGGAGGAAGCCAGUGAGGAGGAGGAUGGAGCGGAGGGGGGGGACGAUGGGGACAGAGCCCCCAGAGGGCUGAAGGGGACGAAGAAUUGUGUUCCUGUGACCCUCGCCAUGGUUGAGAGAUGGAAGCAGGCAGCAAAGCAACGCCUCACUCCAAAGCUGUUCCAUGAAGUGGUACAGGCGUUCCGAGCAGCUGUGGCCACCACCCAAGGGGACCAGGAAAGUGCUGAGGCCAACAAAUUCCAGGUCACGGACAGCGCUGUGUUCAAUGCUCUGGUUACCUUCUGCAUCAGAGACCUUAUUGGCUGUCUCCAGAAGCUGCUGUUUGGAAAGGCGGCAAAGGACAGCAGCAGGAUGCUGCAGCCGUCUAGCAGCCCGCUCUGGGGGAAGCUCCGUGUGGACAUCAAGGCAUACCUGGGCUCGGUCAUACAGCUGGUGUCCUGUCUGGCGGAGACGACGGUGUUGGCAGCCAUGCUGCGGCACAUCAGCGUGCUGGUGUCCUGCUUCCUGACCUUCCCCAAGCAGUGCCGCAUGCUGCUCAAGAGAAUGGUGGUCGUAUGGAGCACUGGGGAGGAGUCCCUGCGGGUGCUGGCUUUCCUGGUCCUCAGCAGAGUCUGCCGGCACAAGAAGGACACUUUCCUCGGCCCCGUCCUCAAGCAAAUGUACAUCACGUAUGUGAGGAACUGCAAGUUCACCUCGCCUGGUGCCCUCCCCUUCAUCAGUUUCAUGCAGCGGACGCUGACGGAGCUGCUGGCCCUGGAGCCGGGUGUGGCCUACCAGCACGCCUUCCUCUACAUCCGCCAGCUCGCCAUACACCUGCGCAACGCCAUGACCACCCGCAAGAAGGAAACGUACCAGUCUGUGUACAACUGGCAGUACGUGCACUGCCUCUUCCUGUGGUGCCGGGUCCUCAGCACUGCGGGUCCCAGCGAAGCCCUCCAGCCCUUGGUCUACCCGCUUGCCCAGGUCAUCAUUGGCUGUAUCAAGCUCAUCCCCACUGCCCGCUUCUACCCACUGCGAAUGCACUGCAUCCGUGCCCUGACGCUGCUCUCGGGGAGCUCGGGGGCCUUCAUCCCAGUGUUGCCUUUCAUCCUGGAGAUGUUCCAGCAGGUCGACUUCAACAGGAAGCCAGGGCGCAUGAGCUCCAAGCCCAUCAACUUCUCCGUGAUCCUGAAGCUGUCCAAUGUCAACCUGCAGGAGAAGGCGUACCGGGAUGGCCUGGUGGAGCAGCUGUACGACCUCACCCUGGAGUACCUGCACAGCCAGGCACACUGCAUCGGCUUCCCGGAGCUAGUGCUGCCUGUGGUCCUGCAGCUGAAGUCGUUCCUCCGGGAGUGCAAAGUGGCCAACUACUGCCGGCAGGUGCAGCAGCUGCUUGGGAAGGUUCAGGAGAACUCGGCGCACAUCUGCAGCCGCCGCCAGAGGGUUUCCUUCGGCGUCUCUGACCAGCAGGCAGUGGAAGCCUGGGAGAAGCUGACCCGGGAAGAGGGGACCCCCCUGACCUUGUACUACAGCCACUGGCGCAAGCUGCGUGACCGGGAGAUCCAGCUGGAGAUCAGUGGCAAAGAGCGGCUGGAAGACCUGAACUUCCCUGAAAUCAAAAGAAGGAAGGUGGCUGACAGGAAGGAUGAGGACAGGAAGCAAUUUAAAGACCUCUUUGACCUGAACAGCUCUGAAGAAGACGACACCGAGGGAUUCUCGGAGAGAGGGAUACUGAGGCGCCUGAGCACUCGGCAUGGGGUGGAAGAGGAUGAAGAGGACGAGGAGGACAGCAGCAACUCGGAAGAUGGAGACCCAGACGCAGAGGCGGGGCUGGCCCCUGGGGAGCUGCAGCGGCUGGCCCAGGGGCCGGAGGACGAGCUGGAGGAUCUGCAGCUUUCAGAGGAGGACUGAGGCAGCCCAUCUGGGGGCCUAUAGGGGCCGCCUGGCUGGUGGCCAGUGUUUCCCCCUCUCCAGCAGUCAGGCCUAGAGACUGGCGUCUGUGCAGCUGGGGGAGGCGGUCGACAGGGGACAGGCUUUAUUAUUUAUUUUUCAGCGUGAAAGACCAAACGUACCGAGACCUGGACUGGGCUGGCGUGGGUGCUGAAACCCCACAGCUGUGGGCUGUUGAAGUCAGUUCCGCGGGGGAGCUGACCCUGACGUCAGCAGACUGAGACCAGUCCCAGUUCCAGGGGGAAGGCCUGCAGGCCCCUGGCCCCUUCCACCACCUCUGCCCUCCGCCUGCAAACCUCGUCCAUCCGCAUCAGGCUCUGCAUUCACUCCCCCAAGUCUUUGGAAAUGUGUUCCUUUCUUUUGAAGUCACAGUUUCCUUUAAAAUUUGUUUUGCAUCCAAAACCGAAAGAAAUAAAGCUGUGGGAGGCAGGCCAUUGUAUUGA